AUGCCAGACGUCCAAUCAACGGUGCUCGAGUUUGUUAACAAGCUCAGAAAACGUAAGAUUGAGGGCUCACAGGCGACAGCGAGAUGCACCGUAGAGCUUCUUAGGUCAGUGAUUUCGCAGCAUCGGGUGCCUCACGCAAACCAGGCUUCAGCUCUGAUCGAUGCCGUGAAAGCCGUUGGCGAGCAAUUGGUCGCUGCAAAUCCUGUUGAGCUUGCGGUGGGAAAUGUAGUGAGACGGGUUUUGCAUAUCAUAAGGGAGGAGGAUCUCUCUCUUACGACGGCAGCUAUGGGUGGGUUGGACUUGUUGGAUGCAAGUGAUGAUGAUGAAGAUGUAUGUAACAAAGGAAUUGGGUACCCGGCAAUGUCUGCUGCAGUUGUUGCAGCUGCAGCUAGGAGUACCUUACGCCCUCCGUCUUUGCAAACGCUUCUCGAGGGCACUCCUGAAUCUGCAACUGUGCCAUACACAUCUUCAUCCGGUGCUGAUUCCGAGAGCAAAACUGCCGAUAAAAGUUCAAUAACUCGGAAGCUGAAGCAUGAUGUUAUAGAAAGCGUCAAUCAACUUAUCCACGAGAUUGCUGGUUGUCAUGAGCAGAUCGCUGAGCAAGCUAUAGAGCAUAUACAUCAAAAUGAGGUGAUACUAACCCUCGGUAGCUCAAGAACUGUACUUGAGUUUCUCUGUGCUGCAAAGGAGAAAAAAAGAUCAUUUCGAGUGUUUGUCGCCGAAGGUGCCCCAAGGUAUCAGGGCCAUCUAUUAGCAAAAGAAUUGGUAGCUAGAGGUCUGCAGACCACUGUGAUCACUGACUCUGCAGUGUUUGCUAUGAUAUCUCGAGUGAAUAUGGUUAUAAUUGGAGCUCAUGCAGUAAUGGCUAAUGGUGGGGUUAUAGGACCUGUUGGAGUCAACAUGGCUGCUCUUGCAGCGAAAAAGCACGCAGUCCCAUUUGUGGUUCUAGCCGGUUGUCACAAGUUGUGUCCACUCUAUCCUCACAAUCCGGAGGUCUUACUAAACGAGCUGAGAUCUCCUUCUGAACUGUUGGAUUUUGGUGAAUUCUCUGAUUGCCUUGAUUUUGGAGCUGGUUCUGGGUCUCCUCUUCUUCAAGUUGUCAACCCAACAUUCGAUUACGUCCCACCAAACCUUGUUAGUCUCUUUAUAACCGACACGGGAGGACACAACCCAUCUUACAUGUACCGUCUGAUUGCCGACUAUUACUCUGCCGAUGAUUUGGUGAUGUAG